AUGAACAGGAAGGUGGUGGAGUACAAGAUCAUAGACUCGAAGAAGGACAUUGCCAAGAUCUAUGAUACUAAGGAAAGGCCGAAGAGAAUUAGAAUGAUACUCUCUGAAUGGCAAAGCAUGAUGCUUGAGCAAGCCUUCCGAAUGAAUCCGUAUCCUGGUAGGGCUGAGAAAUACAACAUGUUUAUGAAGACAAGGAUUCCGAUGAAAAACAUAAACAUCUGGUUCCAGAACAGGCGUGCGAAGGAAAGGUCGCUAUAUGAAGAGGGUCUGCUGAACAUUGAUCACCCAGUACCUGUGUGGAGCGAGAUAGAGAUCGCAAGUCAGCAGAUUUGUGAAGACUUACACAAGUACUACAGAUACUAA